ACGAAACGUAUUAAUAUCUCUGAUUGUUCACACGAAAAAGUGACUGAGUAUUUUUGACGAGGAAGACAGACUUUUUUUGUUUAGUUGGACUGUAUACAUGUACGCGUGACGACCGAUAUCCUUCAUCUAUCCUUCUCAACUGUUUUGUGUUAUUCAUCGUCGUUCUUUAUUUACUUCUAAUGCGUUGUUUUACAAUAAGUAAGCGUAGACACGCAUGUGGAUAAAGUUCACUAUAAAUAUGUAGAGAUUCAAAAUUGCGCAGGUGUUAUCUGUGUGUAUUAAGUCAGAGCAAGUUGAAGGAGUGAAGGUACUACGUGAUACGUAAAAGAAACGUUUACACGACAUUCGUAAAGGUGUAUAGGUAAAUUGCUGUCGAGGAGGACUGAGUUUCGAACAAAGUCGAACAGUUCCGAAAAUGGCGGCCAAGAGUGGAGGUAACGACGAAUGGUCAUCAAUAAUGAAACCAAUAUUAGCGGUUUCGCAGGGAUCGUUUGACAAGACUGAGAUAAUCGAAUUGGCAAAGAGUAUUGUGAAAAGUGAAAAUAAAUUUGUCUCCCACGAGGAACAAUACGAAACAUUUUAUACGGCCGUAGCAGCCCUUUCGGCGGAUUACCUGAGCGGUUGCGCUAGUACCUUUUCUAAAAAUCAAGUAUCGAUAGUUUGUCAAGCGUGCAGAGUCUUACUGCGUCGUCUCGUAGAAAAAUUGUCUCAGCAUAGAGUACAACUGGGCGAUGGCACUCCUACUGUAUUCAGUACAAAACAAUUGUUGCUUCCAAUUCGUGCUCUUUGCAUUGGACAAUCUUUCCUUUCAUCUGCUGAAGAAGUAGCUUUAAUAGCUACUAUAAAAAAUUCUAAAAUACCUUCUUAUAUUAAAUUACCACCAUCCGGAAAUGAAAAAGAUGCUUCCCAGUCCUCUAAAGAUUCUGUACGAAUUCGGGGGGAUUUAUCCAGUGGUAUUCUAGAACAAUUGACUAUGCCCCUACAAGACUUUACAUUAUCUAUGCCUCUCAUUGUUGACAACUCUAACGACGGAUCCAGUAAAACUACAAACGACGGCACUAGUAAUGAAGUUUGCUUCGACACAAAGACUACGUUUGUUGCAAAUAAUAUAAAUAUCCUUAGAAAUAUGGGUGCCGGUGACACCCUCUUGGAUAUGUGUUUGAACCUAUCUUAUUUAUCGCGAUAUACUCGCAAAUAUCACGCAUAUUUGAACAAGAAGGGUUUCAGUUUACCAGGAAAUGCUUCGGAAGCACACACUGUACGUCAUAGUCUGCAUUCUGUGGCAAGCGAUAUUAACGUUGUGCACAAUGUAAUGUCCUUACCUUUAUUGGAACCCUUAACGCCGACAAAAUUGGAAAAGUUGUCCGCAUUGACCAUGUCUUGCCUGUAUUGUUCGAUCGUGUAUGCAACCGCGUCCAGUAUCGUUGGUAUAACGAAUGCCGUGUCGCCGAAAUGUAGUACAAAUGCUUCUGCCGGAACUCAAACCAGUCAGAGCGUCAAAAAUACAGAAGAGGAAUACGAUGCCUUAGCUAUUACAGUCGUCGAGAGGAGUUUGGAAAUAUUUGGACUAGUUUCGAACGUGAUUAAAAACAGCACGCGAGCAGGCGGUCAUAUUUUGCAAAAUCAUUUGCUCAUUGGAGUAUGGCUGUUAGUAGCUGGCUUGCAAGCUCAACUCUCGGUGAGCAGUGUCAGCGCGGCGGAUAAAGGAAAAGAAGAAAAAGGAAAAUCGCCGAGCAAAGCACGCGAUGGAACGGCUCGUGUCAAUCUCAUGAAAGUCCAGCAAGGUUUCGGUGUAUUGUCUGUAGCCUUAGCUUCUCACGCCCUCACGUUAAUGAGUGCUCUUUUAGAAGAUGUAUCGGUCGAAGCAGUUACCGAUUAUACAGUUCCUCCUGAUCCGGCACCUUUAGAUAUAUUGGCCACUGCUAGUGCGCUUCAGAGAGCUGUGACUUUCCUCCAAGCUGUACCGCUUAAUCAUCUCUUGUUUUACUUGGCUACGAUCAGUUAUAGAAAGGCCUGUACCUUGAAAAGAGUGCAAAAACAUCCUUUUGAGGGUGAUGCUUUAAGUCAAUCUGAUUCCACGACGUAUUACGAAGAUCUGCUGAGCUGUUCGGAUAACUCUAUCGACGAAGAAAAAACUGUUCUGUCGAUAGAGGAGGACAGCGAACCUAUAUUGGGUUUAUGGUUCGAAGAAACUAUCGCUCCGUCUGAUGGGUCACCCGCAAACGGUGCAAAAGAACCUAGCAACGAAACCAGCGUCGAACGUACAAUGACCACUAUCGUUCCUGAUAAUCGCGAACCUCACGGCUACAUUUCGUUGGCCACUAAAAUUUUUCAAUUUAUGAAUCAACAUUUAAUCGGCAGCAGAAGUUCGUACGUGCGUGAAUACGUGGUAAAUGGCCUGGUCGAACAACAAAUGGUCAUAUUAGCAGCGAUAAUCAGAGAUUUAGAUCACGAGACAGCUAGAACGGAAACCGGUACCAUCUCGGUAUUCUACGGUGCUACGUUGGGCACAAUGUAUUCCGAGUUCUCUCAAGCCUUGAGUCGUUACACUCACAAUUUACUGGCUCGAAAUACAUUGAGCGAAAGUUUACAAAACACGCUUCUUCAUCACUUAGGAGUAAAUCCUUGGUCCGGUACCGAAGGCACAACCCCUUGCACGUGGCCGCUCCAGGUGUACCCGAGGACCUUGAGCGUGUUAGCGCAAGUACUUUUAUUGAAACCUCAAUCGGAAAAAGAAGCCGCUUGCAUAAGUAUAUGGCAUCGUUUAGUAACGACUAUGGUAGAAAAUGUAUGCAAUCCACCUUCCACGUUCGAAGCGGAAAAUGAAGACUUAAACGUGGAACACGCUCAAUUAGUUUUGAUACUAUUCCACUCUCUGAAUUUGAUGCAAAAGAAAUCGGUACUGCUUGUGACCGGUAGCGGUGCGGUACGUUGUAGCGAAGCAGUCAAAACUCCAAUGAAGGAUUCCCAGUUACUGCACUUAUCGCGUUUGUUAUUAUUGCUCGAAUAUAUGAUGAAACACCUAUAUGACGCGCCUCCUGCGUUACUCGAACAAGUUCAAUGGAAUCUAUUUUCGGCUACCAGUUUGGUUUGCGACGCGAAAGACGGCAACAAACAAACUGCUCGUGUUUUUACACCGUGGACGGACAUCGAGGACAACUAUCGUAAAUUCGGCACGCAAGACGAGUUUUCAAUGAAGCCCAGAUUCUACAAUCUUUCUACCACGGAUUUCAAUAAUCAAGAUACUCGAAAGUUGGAUGGAUUGGCAUGCAAUUUCAUUCUGGGCGCGCCGGAUAAGAUGAAAUACCCGCUGUUGGUCGACGCGUUAAUAGACAUUUUGAACGUGUUGAAUCAAACGGAUAUGCAGAAGAAAGUGGGGACCGACGGCAAAGACAAAACGCCCACAUUUACAGGCCUGUGCGCUAUUCGAUACUGCUUUUCCAUAUGUUGGCGACUAUUGUUAAUGUUACCGCCCUCUACACCUUAUAUGGAUAAAUUGGCUCUCGGUGAAGAAAUCCCUGCUGGGCCGAUGCUACUUCAUUCCCUGAUUUGGGGGCCCAGAGCCGCGUACAAAACUUUCACCAGCUGGAUGAAGGACUGCUUGGUCAGGCAGGGAAUGUAUACCCAAUACGCGGAGAAUCUUCUGAAAACGGUAUCGUCCACCGUCAAUUCCGUCAAGUACGACGUUACAGUUGCCAAAAAUUGUAUUACUGCCUUAAAACCGGACAUGAGUUUCAGCGACAAAGUAAUGCCAAAAAGUGCUUUGCCAAAGCUCAGUUCUUUGUGCAUUUUGGCUGCGGUUGUUGGAAAGUUACAAGUCCUUUUCGACGAAAGUAUAUCGAAGAGUCAGAACGAGAAUAUUGAAAAUUCGAAGAGCUCGCAGAGUUCGGAAUCCGGUGGCACGAAUGCGACCAAAAUGAUCGUCAGUAUUCUUCCUCGUGUUCUCUCGCUGACCGAGUCCAUUUUAGCCUCGUGUCGAUCGAGUAUACUUCACGAAAUGCUCGAAUCCUUCGAACAAGAUACCAAAUACGGUGUACGAGAUUUCUCGAUACUCGAGGACGUUGUUGCUAUGGCAGGCGCGAAUUGGGCGACCGAAGCAUCUCUGAUCACAUUUUUACCAAACUCCGUAAAGUCGAUCCUCGAUAAAUGGAAAUCCAUCGGUGUUGCUCAUAUUCCUUGGAACACAUAUGCGAACGACAUCAUACCAGCGGAAAGUUACAUUUUGGCAACUGUGAACCAUCACGUGAGUUCGCUGUCCGAAUAUCCGACGUUCUCCAUUAAUCCAUCCUUGAAGAAUUUACUGCACAGCUUGGUCGCUUUUAUGGUGGAGUAUGUCACUCCAGCCACAGCGCCGGAAAAUUCGGACGUGCGUUCGCAAGCAUUGGACAUUCUCGUCGCAUUGUCUAUGGAUGCUCGCACGGACUAUCUUCGAGAUAUGGCGAGCAAAACCUUGACAAAACUGCUGGGAGACAACGACAAUGAAACGCUACAACUGCGAGAACAUCUCUAUAUUUUACGUCACACGUACAAUUUGAUAAUCGAGUAUACGAACGAUGUCCAAGAUCCUGUGAACAUAACCGUGGAUGAGAAGAUCUUAAAACGGUCUAUCAAAUACUGGGAACAACUACUGGACAAGCCAGUCGGAUGCAAGGCCUUGGACUUAUUUUUCGCGCCAAAUACCGACAGAUCUCUUGUUUCCAUUUUAUUGUGCGUAACGUCCCCGCAAACAUCUCGCCAAUUUUCCACUCACGUUUUACGCUUUUUCAACAUGCUAUUUGAAACAGCGGAAAAAGGAAGCGAUGCGUCGCUGGAACGUCUUUGCGGAUCUGUAACGAAUCUGACGCACGUGGAAACGGAAAAAUUACAAACCUGGUUGAAACAAGUCAUUUUAGGAGCAACGAGUAUUUCACCGAGCGCAUCAUCUACAAACGUGCAAACACCCACGAUAGUAACAGCGAAUGCGUUGGUUGCCGUUGCUGGUACGACUGAAGAUACGCAGAAAUUGGACGACGUUAAUAAUGCACCAAACAAUGAACAAGUUCAAUGGGCAAUUUUGUUGUCGGACGGUUCCGUAAGUAACAACCAGUCUGCAAGUAUCACCGACGAUCAACAGCAGCAGCAACAGCAACAGCAGCAGCAGCAACUUCAACAACAACAUUCGAUGCACGAAAAUAGUCGACUUUUGCGAGCUCUCACGAAUUAUAUAGUUAAAGAAAAAAGCGGUGUGGACGAAGGUGUACCAGUUACGAUUUUACAAGCCCUCAUACCAUUAGCUUAUCACAUUCUCUCUCCCGCGAUCGAGGGUAACGGUUUCCCUGAAUUGAUGAACGUUAUGUCCACUUUGGCCGACGCCGGUUCCGAGAAAGGACACACUUUGCUAUUCAAAGCCGCGAUCGAAUGGAUCGAGCUAUGCAAGGAACAAUUGACGAGCAAAUAUCUUCAGAAUUUGGACAAACCGUUGGCAUUCGUCGAAGCUGGUUGCUGCAUAUUGAACUACAUAGCGGAUGUAAUAAGCGCGGUGUGUCCUCGAUCCAUCCAUUCUCAAGAUCGAGCGACUAGUCCCCCUUGGGAAGGUACUACACCGAUCAACGACGUAAACGAUAGCGAUUGGGUCGAUGAAAUUCCGCACGAAGACGAAGACAGCGCCGCUGAGGACUCCGACGAGGACAAUCUUUGCAAUAAACUUUGCACCUUCCUCGUUACUCACAAGGAGUUCAUGAAUCAACAUUGGUAUCACUGUCACACCUGCCAUAUGGUGGACGGUGUCGGUGUUUGUACGGUGUGUGCUCGCGUAUGUCAUCGCGAGCACGACGUCACUUACGCGAAAUACGGAAACUUCUUUUGCGACUGCGGUGCCAAAGAAGAUGGAUCUUGUCAAGCCUUGAUCAAACGCAGCCUCCAAGCAUCGGAACACCAGAAUAAUGUCGGUGGUGUCACCGGGACUGGAAGCACGAGCGCGUCGGCCAGCGGUUCGACCGGUGGCAUCGGUUCAAGCUAUAGCAACGCACACGGAACAUCUCUUGAGAACCGAGAUCUGCUGCUCGCGAGCAGCUUGCGUCGACGAACUUCCAGCCCCUUGUACUUUUACGACAAACAGGAGAGACAAGGACGCGAGAAACAGAGACACACGCAUUUGGCGAAACAACUGGAGGGAUCGAAAGACUGGAUACACAGUUAUCUUUGGAAAAGUGGUUUGGUAUCGUCGUUGGUGGAUCUAACGCGUCCGCUGGUACCCGCCGUGGACGCAUCUUGCAGAAAGAAUUCGGCAGUCGGUUGUCACGCGCGUGCGCAAGCCGCGCUUAAACGAUUACACACGAUCGAUAAGAAAUUCGAGUAUACCGAUCAACUGAUGCUUCCUACAUUGGGCUCGCAAGAGGGUGCGUUCGAAAAUGUACGAAUGAAUUAUUCGGGAGAUCAGGGACAAACCAUCAGACAGUUAUUAUCCGCUCACAUGAUUCACCGUGUUGCGAUGUGUUGCCUGUCAUCGCCGCACGGCAAAAGACAACACCUGGCGGUCUCGCACGAGAAAGGAAAAAUAACGGUGCUGCAAUUAAGCGCGUUGCUAAAACAGGCCGAUUCGUCCAAACGAAAAUUGACUUUAACAAGACUCGCUUCUGCACCGGUACCAUUUGUCGUGCUAUCGGUAACCGGUAACCAUUGGAACGAAGACUUCCUGGCAGUCUGUGGUUUCAAAGAUUGCCACGUGUUAACUUUCAAUACCUCGGGAACAGUAUCCGAUCAUUUGGUGUUGUACCCUCAGCUGGAAAGCGGUAAUUUCAUCAUAAAAGCAAUAUGGCUGCCUGGAUCUCAAACUCGUUUGGCAUUGGUCACCGCAGACUUUGUGAAAAUCUAUGACCUUGGGAAAGACCCGCUUUUCCCUCAAUAUUAUUUCCUCCUGCCGAUCGGGAAGAUCAGGGACUGUACGUUCAUGUGCGCGGAGGAUGGUAAUUUUUAUCUACUGAUUAUGUCCUCGUCCGGGUAUAUUUACGGCCAAAGGAUGGACGAGGAAAGUUUGGCGGUACACGGAUCUUUCUACGUGACCAAUACUCUGAAAGUGUAUCACCCGGAAAUAAAGGAUAACGGCCAGGUUGGCGGCGACGGUGUGUCGAUUUAUUAUUCGCACGUUUUGCAAUUGCUCUUCUUCAGUUACGCGUGCGGUAAAAGUUUCAUCGCGCCUCUGAAGAACAUGGAUCUCGAUGUGACGGUCGUGUUUCAAAUCAACCUCGCCGGCAAUAAAAGUUUCAACGGAAACAAAUCUAACAACAAUCAACCGCAACCGCUGUGUCAAUGGAGCGAAGUACCGAAUCAUCCUGGACUGAUCUGCUCGGUAUUACAGACAAGCAAUAACCCUGUGAUAUUGAUGAUCAAGCCUGAUACGAUAAUGAUUCAGGAAAUUAAAGUUAUUCCCGCCAAGGCUAAAAUAAUGGAUAUGGUCGCGAUAAGGCAUCCAAGCUCGAACGCCGAGCACCGGACUACCUUGAUACUGUUGUGCGAGGACGGAAGUCUGAGAAUUUAUAUGGCGGGGAUGGAGCAAACCGAAUACUGGAUGUCACCCACGGUUCAACCAAUAGGCACGAUGGCCGUGGUCAAACCCACGCGAAAGAAGAAAGCAACGAAAACUGGAAAACCGUCCGGUUCCGUUGUAUUCCCUAUCGACUUUUUCGAGCAUUGUCAAGUGAUGAACGAUGUUGAAUUCGGUGGCAAUGAUUUGCUACAAAUUUACAAUGUCGCGCAAAUCAAACAUAGGCUGAACACCCCUGGAAUGUACGUUGUUUCCAUAAAAGCAAUGGGAUUCAACGUCGAAGUUACCAACAAUGACCCUGUUCUUGUUAUAACGGGUAUCAGAGUAUUGCUCGGAAGUCAGGAUGUUAAAAGAGCUCCGGUUAACCUCAAGGUAUUCGGCAGAACUAUUUAUACAACGGUCUUGAACAAAAGUCGCUGGUUUGAUGUUCCCUUGACUCGAGAAGAGAGUCUUCAAGCUGACAAGAAGUUAACUAUCAUUUUCGGGCCCUCCCAAGAUCACGAGGGUAUCGUUAUGGUGGAUUCUAUUAAGAUAUACGGUAAAACGAAAGAUGCCUUUGGUUGGCCCGAAGAAAUAGAAGAUACACCAGUGACUGGUCAAUCGACAUCUGCACCAGUAACAACGAUAAAUAGCGAUACAGACAAUGCUCUCGCUACGCCUGCUCCACUGUCCUCUGUCGAUAGCUCCACGAAGGACAAUUCCCUUAAUAUCGAAAGAAUGAUCGCAGGCAUCCUGGAAGUUCUAGAAUUGUCGUUCAGUGUAUCGUCGAACGAUGAAAAUAAACAGCCGUUGAAAAGCACGGCUAUCGAAAAGGCAUCGAGAUUACUGAUACUACCGACUCCGCCAUCGGUACAGAUGCAUACAACUGCGCUCCUGGCAUCUCUGCAUCAAUCCAAACAGGGAUAUCAUCUUCACAAUGACCACGUACUGUUAUCACACGUACUGUCGUCUUUAAAAUCGAUGAGAGAGAUAACCGAUCCACGAGAUAUAGACGCGGAAAACUUUUACAGACUGGUGCUUAUCGUUCGAAGCAUUUCCGUUUCGCGACCGCAAAAUCUUGCCAACUUUACCGAACAGUACACGAAUAAACUGAUAGAUGAGGCCGAUGUACCAAUUUUGGAAAAAGAUCGACUAAAUGCUGCUAAUCAGACGCGUGAAAAUGCGGACGAAAGUCACCAACAGCAUCUGGUCAUGCAACUUAUGGAAGUGUUGUGGUCCUUGCAUAUGGCUUAUCCGAAAAACAUGGCUCUUGCGCCGGUAGUUGUUCCGGGUCUAACCCAUGCCGAGGGAACGAUUCACGCAAUGGUGGAAAUAAUUCACGCAUUCGCAACCUGCGACGUUGAGAAGAACGUUCCUUUAGCCGCGAAACUGUACCUUCAAAUGCUGCUUUCGUCGGACACGACGAUCAGUUUCGGCGCUAAACAGGCAAUAAUUCGUGUGCUCAGGCCAAGGUGUAAAAGAAGGAGGGUUUAUAUACCGAGUCCCCCUAACUGUAGCACUCCAGGUGCAAUCGUGGACUCGGAAGAAAAGUCAACAUCGUCGGAGCAACUGCAUCGGGAUAUCACAACGGCGGCAACAUCGGCCACAUCGACGAUAGAUCAAGAGAUGGAACGAAUACCUGACAUCGAACCAAUCAGGCUGGAGAUCGAUUCACUGGAUGUUAUGCUCGCGACAAACAGCAAUCAAGGUUCCAGCAGUGGUUCAAUGACCGGUGCAGCAACGUCGUCCAUCGCUACGACCAGCAGCAAUUGUACCGGUGGCUCCAGUUCCGUCACCGAUAGCAGCAGCGGACCAUCGACAAGAGGAACAGUAAACUCGUUGGAAACAUUACUAGGUGCUGGAAAUUUCCCGCAAAUACUGGACGUACCGCCUGAUACCGAUGACGAGGCAAUGGUGGAACUAGCGAUCGCGCUGAGUUUGGAAGAUCACGAGGGAGGGGGUGGCGCUGAAUUGCAAGCACUGCGGCAAGGAUUCCAACAAAGCUUGUCGAACUUGCAAGGACUGGAGAGCCUUCAGAAUUUGACUGGACCGGCGUUACAGAGCUUGCAAGCGUUAGCGGCCCAAGGAUUGGUUCAAGUUCAGCGAACCAAUCAGGGUCAGGAAGGCGGGGGACAUUAUUCGGAUACGACUGCAUCCGCCGGUGGGUCGGACGACGAGGGAUCGACUGCUGCUACCGACGGGAGCACGCUGAGGACGUCCCCGGCGGAACAAGGUCGUAGUGGUGGUAGCAAGGGUAGCGAGAGCAGUGGAAGCGAGAGCGGAGGAAGUGCCGUAGACAGCAUGAUGGGGGAACAUAAUGUAUCGGGAAGGAGCUCCGUGUACGGAGACAACGUUCCCGAUUCUGUACCUCCGAUCGGAGGAAAUGGAGUCAGUCAAGUGCCACGUUCGGAAACUAAUUCCGUGGGUCUUCACGCGACUUUAACCGUCGCCGAACAAGAAGAGAACACGGAACAGGAACGCGCUGCUGAGCAAGAGAAUGAUACGACGAGCUGCGAAGUCACCGCGAAACUACACACCGUGCGACUGUUACUGCUCGACAAGCUCAUGCAGUUUGUGCCAAAUCUGAUGAACGUACCCGGAGUUUUGGCCGUUCCACUGUUGCAGGUUCUGUUAAUGUUAACGUCAGACUUGGACGGGCAAGAGGAGAAAGACAGAGCUUGCGUCGAACGAUUGCUUCAAAUAUUGGUGAAAGAAUUGGAAAUAGAUAAACCAGACACGACUAAUAUAUGUCAACGUACUAACAAGAGAGAGGUUCAUUUGGUCAUCAUGCGUUUACUGAGCGUAUUAAUGUCCCGUUUGAAACACACUGCUAAGACUCAAACAGAGAAUUCAAAUUUCGUUUCUCAAACGGUAGCUACGAUACUUGGUAAAGCAGGAAUAAUCGACUAUUGUUUGACGUUGUUGAAAGCGUUAUUGGAGUAUUGGAAAACGACAUUGACUGAAGAAACAGGAACUGCCCUCGGCGGUCAGCUGCUCAAGGAACACUUUUCAACUUCUCCGCCGGAUAUGUCACCAUUCUUUUUGCGGCAGUACGUUAAAGGGCAUGCCGGUGACGUGUUCGAACCGUAUCCACAGUUACUGACGGAAAUAGUACUACGGUUGCCAUACCAAGUACACAAAUAUUCCGAAAGUGCAGCAGCCCAACCUGCUUUCGAACAACCGUGGUAUUUCUAUCUUUGCGAAUAUAUGAUGUCUUAUCAAACACCGGUCGUUAGACGUCACGUGCGCAAGUUACUUCUCUUCAUUUGUGGUAAUAAAGAAAAGUACAGACAGCUGCGCGAUUUACACGCUUUGAUCUCGCACGCUCAGUCGGUGCAACAGUGCUGCGCCACUGGCGGGUUUGAGCCCCAUCAAACGCGUCCACACUCCAUCAACCUACCGUAUGAUUCGUUGGUAGAAUUGAUCGAACAUUUAAAAUGCUGCGUCGAAAUUGCUACUAGCCGUACUGGAAAUUGGCAGCGGUUCUGCUUGAAGCAGAACACUGUGUUAUCCUAUUUGUUUACUAUAUCAACGCUUUUGGACGAAGGCGUCAGUCCUACGGUGCUACAGCUUUUACAAUGCGCUAUAUGUUCGAGCAAUAAGUCGAAGGAUACAAAGGAUACCAAAACCAAGGAAUCAAAAUCCGCAACUAUAGGAGCGACAAAGGAGAGACGAGAACGCGAAAAGUCCGAAGAUUCUGAUACGGAAGCCAAAUUCGAGGAAACUCAAUGCUUAGCGUUAGUUGAACAAAUUCAGAAACAAGUGUCGCCAAGCUUGUUGACAAAAUUCAUUCAAGCUUUCUUACUUGAAACCAACAACACCAAUGUCCGUUGGCAAGCACACUCUCUUGUACUGGCUAUUUACAAGAAUUGUGGCCCGGCUGAUCAAGAAGUUCUACUGGACUUGAUGUGGCGACUAUGGCCCCUGUUACCUGCUUACGGUCGAAAGGCUGCACAAUUCGUAGAUUUACUCGGUUACUUUUCUUUAAAGACACCUCACGCUGGUAAAAAGAUGCACUCUUACAUGGAACAAGCAGUCCUGGUAUUACGCGCGCAAAAUCAGUUGCUCGCGCGUCAUCCGAACGCUAAUCUGUAUGCGAAUCUCGCGCAAUUCGUCGAAUUGGACGGCUAUUAUUUAGAGAGCGAGCCUUGCUUGGUCUGCAGUAAUCCCGAAGUUCCGAUGUCGACGAUCAAGCUUUCUUCGAUCAAGGUUGAUUCCAAGUUUACGACGACCACGCAAAUCGUGAAAUUAGUUGGAAGUCAUACGAUCGGUCGAAUCACGCUGCGGAUAGGCGAUCUAAAGAAGACGAAAAUGGUGCGCACGAUCAAUAUAUAUUACAACAAUCGAUCGGUUCAGGCGGUGGUCGAAUUGAAAAACAGACCCGCCAUGUGGCACAAAGCGAAGAAGAUUACGCUGGCUCAAGGUCAAAUUGAGAUCAAAAUGGAGUUCCCCCUUCCGAUCGUCGCUUGCAAUCUGAUGAUCGAAUACGCGGAUUUCUACGAGAACAUUCAAGCGUCUUCCGAGACUCUGCAAUGUCCACGGUGUUCCGCGAGCGUGCCUGCGAAUCCAGGCGUUUGCGCCAAUUGCGGAGAAAACGUGUUCCAGUGUCACAAAUGUCGAGCGAUUAAUUACGACGAGAAAGAUCCGUUCCUCUGUCACGCAUGUGGCUUCUGUAAAUACGCGAAAUUCGACUACACGCUCACCGGAAGACCGUGUUGCGCCGUCGAUCCGAUUGAGAGCGACGACGAUCGAAAGAAAACGGUGGCAACGAUCAAUGCAUUGCUCGAGAAGGCUGACAGAGUGUACAAAACUCUUAUUUCGAACAAGCCAACGUUAGAGAUGUUACUGGUUCAAAUAUCGGAGCAUCGCGUGUUGGAGGACGGCACCGGUACCGCCGCCAUUCAAGUGUCGAGCGGAAGCACGCAAGUCAACAGAGCUAUACAACUCUUGGCUCAGAGAUACUGUGGCGAAUGUAAAACAUCUUUCGAAGAACUGAGCAAGAUUAUACAGAGAGUUUUAGCCUGUCGACGAGAGCUCGUGGCUUACGAUCGCCAACAGCGAGGUCAGACCGUCGCCGUCGGUUCUGCAUCAACGGACACAGCCACGCCUACCGUCGCCACGGAAGAAUCGUCGCAAGAGGCGACACAACCAAUCGAGAUCGUAGCUGCCGCGACACCGCAAACGGUUGGCCGUUGCUACGGCUGUGCAACCGCUGCUACGGAACACUGUCUGACUCUGCUACGCUCCCUUGCUACCAACCAAAUCGCCAAAGAAGUUCUGUGCAAACAGGGACUGAUUCAAGAACUGGUCGAACACAAUUUACGUAAAGGUACGGUACAGAUGCAGGAGGAGGUCAGACAGUUGCUCUGCCUUGUUACCAAAGACAAUUCGCAAUCUACCAAAGAACUUUGCUCUCUGUUGACUGGACGUAUCACUUUGACGCUUCGUGGACGCGUGCCCACGUCGGAUCUGUCUCUGGCAGUGCGUCACGAAAUGGCGCUGUUAGCCGCUCUCGUACAAAAGGAAGAUUCUUGCUGGGAACAAAAGCUACGAUGUGUCAUGAAGUUGUUCUUGAUGGCUUGCAAGGAAUCGAAAAGCCCUGUCGUUAUGGAGAACAUCAUUCUGCCGUGUCUAAAGAUACUGCAAGGUCUCGUGAAGCCGGAUCAACCGGUCUCUAAAAAGAACAAAGACAAAUCUAUCGAGACUCUGGCGACCGUGCAACCACCCGAAGGUAGUAUAACUAUCGAUGUAAACAAAUGGCUGAACGGAGAUCUCAAGCAUUCGUAUUCGGAAUGGAUUCGUCGUAUGCCGAGUAAGAAAAUCGAACCACCCGCUGGCGGCAAACCGCUGAAGAAGGAAGAGACUCGUGUACUCUAUCUAAUGGAGAAAUAUGGGCACAGAUGGCGCAAUCGAUGCGCGAGACAGCAAGGCAUUCAACCGUUGAAAUUGGCCGACGGUGCUUGGUUGAAGGAAGUUCUGUUCAAUCCAAGUUCGCGACUCGCGCGGCAGGUUGCUUGCAACAUGAUAGAGAGUCUUUGUCAAGGCACGGAACGCAAGAAGGAGGUACUGGUACUGCUCACGUGUUACUUAGAAGAAUUGCGCUCGGCCGGCGAGAGCAGCACCGAGUUCCUCACAUUGUACCAAAGUUUAAUCAGACAACCGCCUUGGAAACAAUUUUUAGCGGUGCAGGGCGUUAUGACCUUGCUCGCGGAUCUCUUGACCAGAGAGAUCGAAGAGCUCCAUCGUUUGGAGGAGACCACCUUGACCAGCGAUUUGGCGCAAGGUUACUCGCUGAAGAUGCUGACGGAACUAAUGGCGUCGUUCCUCGAGCAUGAGAACAUCAAGCAACAGUAUAAAGGUCGAUUGGUAGGAGCUGUCCUUAACGGUUAUCUUUCCCUCAGAAGGCUGGUCGUUCAACGAACCAGGCUCAUCGACGAUACUCAGGAGAAAUUGUUGGAACUUCUCGAGGAGAUGACCACAGGCACCGAAGAGGAGACCAAAGCGUUCAUGGCGAUCUGUGUCGAAACUGUACAGAAAUAUAGCCUCGAAGAUGUGCGCACGCCGGUGUUCAUCUUCGAAAGACUCUGCUCGAUCAUCUAUCCGGAGGAGAACGAUGUCGGGGAAUUCUUUCUGACCCUCGAGAAAGAUUCGCAGCAGGAAGAUUUCCUUCAAGGCAGAAUGGUGGGGAAUCCAUACAGCAGCUUGGAACCCGGAUUGGGACCAGUGAUGCGAGACGUUAAAAAUAAAAUUUGUCAGGACUGCGAAUUGGUCACGUUGUUGGAGGAUGACAACGGUAUGGAACUGUUGGUCAACAACAAGAUCAUCAGCCUCGAUCUGCCGGUGAAAGAAGUCUACAAGAAAAUCUGGGUGUUGGAAGGCGGAGAUUGCGACGCGAUGCGCGUAGUGUAUCGAGUACGAGGACUGCUUGGAGACGCGACAGAAGAGUUCGUCGAAAGCUUAAACGCAAGUACCGAGCAGGAAGUGAACAACGAAGAAGUCUACAAAAUGGCGAACGUUUUGGCGGAUUGCGGCGGCCUCCGAGUAAUGUUGAACAGAUUGGCCGCCAUACAGGACGUGAAUCGAGCUCGACCGCUCCUACAAGUUCUCCUUAAACUGUUCCGACUAUCGGUUAAAGUCAAAAAGAACCAAGAAGUCCUAAGUAAGCCCGAGUUAGGAGCGGUUACGGUGUUCCUCGACGUUCUGCAACGUUGUCUCGCGACCGAGUCGGAGAAUUCACAGGCACAAAUCACGGAACAGCUGUUGGACAUCAUAGAAACAAUUUUAACGCACGCAGCCUCGCAACCGUUGUUCAGUUUCGAAGCUUUCUCGCGUACCCUAGGUGGACCUGACCACGUAAAAGCGCUACUUUCUUGUACCCAAACCACGGCAGUCAGACAGAGCAACAACGUAUUGGCGCAUCUCGCUCGUGUACUGGCUGCGCUCACAUAUGGCAAUCAAGAGAAAAUGGCUCUUCUCUGCGAUUACUUUAAACCUGUACUAAAUUUUUAUAAAUUCGACUUCGAGCACACAACGGAGGACGAGCAGAAGCUCGAAUUGUUUUGCAUUCUCACACAAGCCAUCGAACGUAACGCCAUUGGAAAUACCUUAAAAGAUUAUAUCAUAAGUAUGGGAAUUGUAAAAGACGCUUUCGAAUAUAUAACAGUGCACGCGCCUUGCGUAAAACCCACGUUGUUGCGAACGGAUAGCGACGAGUUGAAGGACUUUAUAUCCAAGCCUGCGCUCAAAUACAUUCUGCGAUUUCUUACUGGCCUAGCAACCGAUCACGAGCCGACUCAGCUGACAGUGUCGCAAGUUACCAUCAGUAUAAUACACAGACUGGAACAAGUAUCUUCGGACGAGCAUGUCGGUUCGUUGGCAGAGAAUUUGUUGGAGGCGUUAUGUACAAACAAACGCGUGGCCGAGUUGAUCGACGAGGCUCGACAGCACACGCGCAGCGAGAAGAAACGCUUGGCAAUGGCGAUGCGAGAAAGACAGCUCGGCGCGUUAGGCAUGCAGACGAACGACAAGGGCCAGGUGAUGGCCAGUGGAACGAUCCUUCAACAAAUGGAAGAUCUGGGUGAUGAGACGGGACUGGUCUGCGUUAUCUGCCGCGAAGGAUACAAAUUUAAACCAAACAUGGUUUUGGGCAUUUACACAUUCACGAAACGCUGCAACGUAGAAGAAUUUGAAACGAAGCAAAGAAAAACAGUAGGCUACACGACUGUUACACAUUUCAACGUUGUUCACGUCGAUUGCCAUAUGUCGGCUAUAAUAUUAGCACGAGCCAGGGACGAAUGGGAGAGCGCAGCGUUGCAAAAUGCAAACACCAAAUGCAACGGGCUCUUGCCUUUGUGGGGUCCUCAAGUUCCAGAGUCUGCUUUCGCCAGUUGCUUAGCGAGACACAAUACCUAUUUGCAAGAGUGUACCAGUCAUCGCGACAUAUCUUACGCUUCGACUGUUCACGACUUGAAAUUGUUAUUAUUACGAUUUGCUCAGGAAAAAAGUUUUCACGAAGAUACGGGGGGAGGAGGACCUCAAUCGAAUAUGCACAUGGUUCCUUAUCUGAUUCACAUGGCCCUUUACGUAAUCAAUACCACGCGAUCGGCCACGCGAGAAGACAAAGCGCUGACCGGAUUUUUGCGAACACCUCCCGGUCCCAAUUGGCUCGAAAGUUGUUACGACGCCGAAGGACCGUUUUAUCAAUGCACCAUUUCUCUUCUGCUUCUUACGCCGGCCCGCUGGAACAUGAACAGGCUCGCUCUUUUGAACAGAUUAAUCGUUCUUGCUCACCAACGAUACGUCUCGCCUUCAGCCGCCACGAAGACAAUUGUCGACAUUACCGUCAAGGAUUAUGCGAUAUACAAAAGCGCCUUAAUCUUCUUUGGACUAGUUAACUGUAUUUAUGCUAAUUUUUUCAAGAAAGUGAACGUAUUGUCGGAUGAUCAGUGGCCUUCGGUUUUGGCCGAAUACAUUAGGCACAACGACGAAGCCAUGCUGAAAGCCUCGGAACGUGUGCUUGCUACUUAUCGCGACGAAUUGUUACUCUGUACGUCUUUCGAAGAAUUCUGUGACGUCAUCGACUUGGAGGAAAUAGUGAAUCCUUCCACGUAUAUAAAUGAGAUUCUGCGAGGUCUCGGUUAGAGAAAAAAAAAAGUGGCAGGAGGUGCAGUUGCGGUAUUAUUGACGGAUGACUGAUGCCCUGGUGAAGGUCCAAGUGGUACCAUUUUCGGAUGAGUUUCGAUCACAAUAUAUCAACGAUUUACGGAAUAUUAACCGAU